AAUAAACUUGUUUUAUUUAAUUUUUGGAGCCAUGAAAGGAAAAGUGAAAAUCUCCAAAUUGAAGUUGGGAAUACCUAUUUUGUGUCUUUGCGCAAUUUUCUUCUUUUUUGGUCUAUUUGUGUCUCCUAUCAUAUUUCAGAAUUUGGUUGAUGAAGGACCCCACAUCAGAAUACUCCAAGAUUCUGUAAAGAAAGAGUACUAUGACCCUAUCCAACAUGGUAAAUCUGGAGAAUCCUUUGUUGAAUCAAUCCCAUUUCAGAUUUUGAGUUUGAAUCCAAGAGUGGUUUACUUUCCAAACUUCACAAGUGCAGAAACAUGUGAGCAGAUAAUUGAAAUGGCAAAGCCAAUGCUUCAACCAUCAAAGCUAGCUUUGCGAGAAGGAGAAGAUGAAGAGAGCAUGAAAGGCACUAGAACAAGUUCAGGCGUAUUUAUGGAUGCAUCAGAAGAUAAAACUGGGAUUUUGGAUAUUAUUGAGAGGAAAAUUGCUAAGGUUACAAUGAUUCCAAAGACCUAUGGAGAAGAUUUCAAUAUAUUGAGAUAUGAAGUUGGUCAAAAAUAUGAUUCUCAUUACGAUGCUUUCGAUCCAGUUGAGUAUGGCCAUGUUGAAAGCCAAAGGGUUGCUUCCUUCUUGUUAUACCUAUCAAAUGUAGAAAUGGGAGGAGAAACAAUGUUCCCUUAUGAGGAUGGUUUAAAUAUUGAUACAAAUUAUGAUUACCAAAAAUGCAUUGGUUUGAAGGUGAAGCCUCAGCAAGGUGACGGACUUUUAUUUUAUUCGGUGUUUCCAAAUGGAAAAAUUGAUAAGAAUUCUCUUCAUGGAAGUUGUCCUGUGAUAAAGGGAGAAAAAUGGGUUGCAACAAAGUGGAUUAAUGAUAAACAACAACAUAGGCAUUACUAG